CCCCCCCCCCCCCCCCCCCCCCCCGGAGGCUGAGGCGUGACCCUUAACAGAGCACAGAGCCCUGGGCUUCUAGCCCGGACCGAGUCCUGGCACAGGGAGGACUGGAUUCCACUGUGUCUCCCUGAAGCUGUAGGAGGACUCCCGCGACAGCCUGGAGCCAGGCUCUCUCAAGUCAGGUCAAGAGGCCAGUUUAAUCCGGGGCUCGAAGGUCGCUGUUACUGAUCAGAACAACUUGUCGGUGACCCUGAACAAGCUUCUUGACCUGCGUGCACCUCAGCUUCCCCAGGAAACAGAGAUGGCCACCAACCCUAAGGAUGCCGGAGCUGGAGGCGGGGUCCGGCCUCGCGCGCUAUGGCUGUCUGGGUCAAUAGCACAGCACACCCCCAGGCCUUGAACUCUGAACAGCGCCUCCACUGCUCCCUGAAGCCCCAGUGCCAGCCGCAGGGACCUGCAGCAGCUUCCCAGGGCCAUCCCCUCCAUCUCAGGCCACCUCUUGCCCUCUUCCCCUGCCUCUGAGCCCCUCGGCCGGUUCCUUCCUCCCCAUCCGGGGACAGGCUCAGGCUUCCAGGCACUUCCCCAUCAGAAACGCUCAGCUGCCCUUCACCCUUUGCUCCGGGAACCCAAACCCUCAAGGAACCCGCUCUCCCUCUCCUUCCCAUGGAAGCCACCGCGACCCAGCUCACUGUCCCUUGAUCCCCAGUGGGCAUGGCUCCAGCCUCCUGUCUCUGGAGCCAGCCUUCUUCUCAUCCUGAAGAUCCUGCAGCCUGAUGAACUCUGAAACGCCUCAAGUCCCAGUUGCACAGAUUACCAGCCACAUGGCCCCCAAUUCCCCAAGCCGUCUGCACCGUGGUCUUUUCAUCCAAAGUCUGCUGGUAACCACACCUACACUUCAUAGGGCUGCUGGGGAGGACCAUGCUGUGAACCACAGGCUACUUGUCGGGCCCAGGGUCCCGGGGCUCCUGGAGACAACCGGCCAAUGCCGUGUGCAUGUAAAAGGGUCAGGAGAGGAGUGGGUCCAGGAUCGGGGUGCCCAGCCUGGAUGGCACUCUCGGCUCUGCUUCCGGCCCAGCCACCAGAGGCGAAGGAGAAGGCAGAGCAUGAACCUUGAGCACGUGAGCUGUGAUUAUUUCCUGCUUCUUUCAGUUCCUUCUUCCCUUCAUCUCCCGGCCAACUUCCCUACGCCCUCGCUCAGGCUGCGCCAUGGGGUUCGAGCCCCUGCCUUGACCUGCGGACUCUCAUUCUUCCCUCCCCAGCGCCUGUGCUGUCCUGUCGUGGUAGGAGCCAUUGACUCAGUGGGGCGGGGGGGGGGGGGGGAGUUCGGGGCAGAACCUGGCAGCAAGGUGGUCACUGUCCUCCGCAGGCUGUUUGUAAAGGGGGCGGGGUGGUCCUGGGAGCGCGGCCGUGAAGACGGACGCCAGGCCACACAAGCCGCGCGACUCCCUCCCCAUCACCCUGCCGCCCCAGUCCAGCGCUUCUCAGUGGGGGUGGCGUUGGCCCCCAGGGGGACGUCUGGCAGCGUCUGGAGACAUUUCUGUCACAACCAAGGGGGUGCUACUGGCAUCGGGUGGGCGGAGGCUGGCGGGGCAACGCCUCAUCCUACGACUCAGAAUGAGCGGGCUCUGCGUGGGCCUCCGACCACUUGGGUUCCAGACACUCUGGGGAAGCGGACCAAGGCUCCAAGCCCUCUCCCCUGAGAAGAGUGCACAUGCGCACGUGCAGUUACUACACUUUACAACAGGAUCUCUGGAAGUGCUUGUAACCCCCCGCCCCGUGGUUGUCCGUCCAUCCAUCCCGGAGGAGAUUCCGGCUCUGCUGUGCUGCUGGUCUACACGCCACAGUGAGGCACCUGCACUGCAGUCUGCCCUCCGCGCCCUCCUCGCCUUCCUCCUUUCCAACCAACAGGCUCAGUGGGAGUCAGACAGGUGCUCUGUGAAAGAGAGGGAUUCGAGGUGUGAGGCCUCAGCUCUAGAACAGCGCCAGCCCUCAGAAGCAGGACGCGCUCACCGGUGGGUAGCUGUCCCCAUGUCUCAGGCACAGUGGCAGGGAGGAGGUGACCACGAAGGUGACGGCGGUGUUCCCUAAGGCCCCAGAUCUGGAGCAUCAUCGCCCUGGUCCCACCGAGCCGGGCCUACUGAGAAGACACGGACGAGGCUAUGGGGGCAGCUGGGCCCCACGUGACCAUGAUCAAGUCACCCUACUUGCCGGACCUGUUACCUCAUCUGAAGGAGAGGGGAAUCCUCGCACUCUUCACCAGCACCCUUCCAGCGGGGAUGGGGUUCUCGCCUCUGUCCUCCGCCAUCCUCGGGGCCAUCCUAUCGACCCUUCGCCCCUCCAAAGCUCCACAAACAUCCCCUCGACACAUAAAUCAAAAUGAAAAGCUACAAAGGACGCUGCUUAUAACAAGGUUUUAAUAAAAUAAAAAGUUCAAGUGCUUUCAAUCCCCCAA